AUGGCUGGUGCAGGCAACAUCGCUCCGUGCUCCUCACGUGCUGGUCCCCUCGUCUGUUCACAGCAGGAGGACAAGGAGAAGAUCAACACGAGACCCGGCAAGAUCAUCCUCUUCUCUGAGGCCGGCUUCGCGGGCCAGAAACGGGAGAUCUGGGGUGAUGUCCCCGAUGCCACAUCCUGGGAGCUGUCUCACACCAUCUCGUGGGUGAUGUACGAGAAGCCACGGUUUCACGGGCGCAAGUGCGUGCUGGCUGAGGGGGACGUGGAGAUCGACGAUCCCUGGACGGCGUACGGGCAGAGCGGGCAGCCCCGCGGCAGCCGGCCCCUCCGCAUCGCCUCCUCCGAGGACACCCGCACCCGGGGCCAAGCGCUCGCCGCCGCCUCCAUCAUCGUCCAUUCGGGAUUGUGGCUGGUUUACUCCAAACCUUUCUUCGACGAUGACCCCUACGUUUUGGAGCCGGGCGGGUACCCCAGUUUAAAGGCUUGGGGAGCAAAGGACCCAUCCAUCUGCUCCAUGCACCCCAUCAGGCUGGUGCUGCUCUACGAGGCUGCAGGUUUCCAGGGCCGCAGCUUCACCAUCAGCCGAGACAUCUACGACCUGAAGAGCCUGCCGGGGCCAGCACUGACCACCGUGGGCUCCCUCCACGUGCUGGACCUCCAGGUGCUGGGUUGCUGCUGGGUUGGCUACGAGAAGGAGGGCUUCCGCGGUCACCAGUACUUGCUGGAGGAAGGGGAGUACCAGGACUGGAGGCACUGGGCAUUGAGGGGGGGCUCCUUCUCCUCGCAGGACUUCUCCAACCCGGCGCUGGUCCUCUUCGAGGCCAUGGACUUUGAGGAGGGUCCAAGCGUGGAGCUGAGCGAGGGGCUCCAAAAGGCGGGCUACGGCCGCGUCUCCCAGUCCAUCCACGUGCUGAGCGGCGUGUGGGUGGCCUAUGGGGGCACCAACUUCUCAGGCGAGCAGUACAUCCUGGAGAAGGGGGUGUACCGCAGCUGCGAGGACUGGGGUGCUGCCGAUUGCCGCAUCGCCUCGGCACAGCCCAUCCUGCAGGUCGGAGAACACAGCCUGCAUUUCGUCUCCAAGGUCAGCUGGAUCCUGUUCGACGGGCAGGACUUCGCAGGGGAGCAGCACGUGCUGUCCGAGGGCGAGUACCCCACCCCUUCUGCACCCACGGAUGCUCACUUCUCUCCCCUGGUGCCCUCAUGCCUCAUCUCUUCUCCCAUUCCGCAGUUUUUCUCGGAGCCCUCCAUCUUCCUGCACGGGCUGGAGUGUUUCGAGGGGAAGGAGAUCGAGCUGAACAACGAAGUGCGGAGUCUCCAGGCGGAGGGUUUCAACAACCACGUGCUGUCAGUGCGC